UUUCUUUGUCGGGGAUUUCCAACCUUGAGCGAGUCUCUCUUUACUCCGCCGCUGCCAAAAUUCGUCCGCUUCCUGGUUCCCCGCUACCAACACGUCCGACACACACACACUCUCUCUCCUCUCCUCAGCACGCGCCCACUCUCUCACUCUUGCUCUACUCCGCUACCCACAACUGCCCAAUCCAGUCGCAAUUCCCAUGCUUUUCAGCUUCCUCUACUCACUCACUCUCCUUACCUCUCUCUCUGUUUUGACUCUUUGCUUACUGGCUCCCUUCUCUCUUUCUCUAAGCUCCUUCCAGACUCCUAUUAUUCAUUUCUCUUUCUCUCAAAGAUCUUGGCUGUGCACGUGGUUCUCUUUGUCGGGUUUCUUUCAGGACAACUUGCUUGGUGGAUUGGGGUUUUGUGAAAAGCUUCCUGCUCCAUUUCAUCUCUUCAAUUCAUGUUACUUCGGAGGAGAAAGAAGGACGAGCAGGUGCCAUGUAUCUCUCUGAAAAGCAGCAGCCUAUCGAUUUCUAUAAGGCCGAAGAGAGCCGCGAAAUGAUAAUGGAGGCGGUCGCCAUAGGCCUUCAACCCCCCUCUGCUCUCCAACAGCAUCAACAGCAGCAGGCGGCUCUGAUUCUCACAGAGAGCAGCGGAGAAGACCACGAGGUUAAGGCCCCGAAAAAACGAGCGGAGACUUGGAUUCAGGAAGAGAUUCGAACACUUAUUGGUUUGCGUCGAGAAAUGGAUACCCUUUUCAACACGUCCAAGUCGAACAAGCAUUUGUGGGAGCAGAUCUCAUCGAAGAUGAGAGAGAAGGGGUUUGAUAGGUCCCCAACUAUGUGCACUGAUAAGUGGAGGAACCUCCUUAAGGAAUACAAGAAGUCACGUCACCAUGACAGGGGUGGCUCUGCUAAGGUCUCAUACUACAAAGAGCUGGAGGACCUGUUUCGUGAGCGUGCGAGGAACGCUCCUUAUAAGAGCCCCCCUUCAAAAGUGGACUCCUACAUGCAAUUUGCUGACAAAGGUUUUGAGGAUGCUGGUAUUCCCUUUGGAUCUGUAGAAGGUAGUGGUAGGUCAUCUCUCAAUUUAGAGCGGCGUCUGGAUCAUGAUGGACAUCCUCUUGCACUUAAUGGAGCUGACGCAGUUGCAGCCAACAAUGUUCCUCCAUGGAAUUGGAGAGAUACCUCAGCAAAUGGAGGAGAAAAUCAUUCUACAUUUGGAAGGGUCAUUUUAGUUAGCAGUGGUGACUACAGUAGGAGGAUUGGUGUUGAUGGUACUGCAGAGGCUAUCAAAGAAGCAAUUAAAUCUGCUUUUGGUUUGCGAACCAAAAGGACAUUUUGGCUAGAGGAUGAAGAUGGGGUAGUUCGCAGCCUUGACAGGGACAUGCCAUUGGGUACCUAUACUCUUCAUCUUGAUGAGGGGCUGACAAUUAAAGUGUAUGAUGACUCUGAUCGGCUAUCGGUUCGUACUGAAGAAAAAACUCUUUACACAGAAGAUGAUUUCCGAGAUUUUCUUACACAUCGUGGCUGGACUGCUCUUCGAGAGUUCAAUGGCUUUAAAACUGUUGAUUCUCUAGAUGAACUUCGUCCCAAUAUUGUAUAUCAGGGUCUGAGGUUGCUGGGAGAGUAGUUUUUCUUUUUACUAGAUGCUGGUAAUCCAAAAGCCACGAAUUCCUUGGAGUUCAGAAGUUAGCUUGCUCAGUUUCAAAAAAUGAAAGAUCAGAAGAAAGCAUGCUCUGUUGCAGAUAUUGUUGUACUCUAGUAUGUUCCUGAGCUAUUUCAAGGACAACUGAAGUGCCACCCUGCAUGAUGAAUUUUGGUUAUGGAUGCUUCAAUUCUGGAGCCAGUAACUUCUAUUUAAUCCUCUGCAUUUGGAUAAAAAUCUGUUAUCAUUAUGCUCAAUUGUGUAUAGUACAAUAGUGAAGGACAAGUUUCUUCCUCUUUGGCAGAAUUUCUGUAAUUAUAUUUUUCUCCCCACUGGCUUCGAAAUAUUUUACACAGGAAGUGGCGUUACCCUUCAUAAGGCUUAUAAAUAAAGAAGUGCAGUUUGCCAUAUUCAUUUAUUGGAAGAUGGGGAGUUUGUCCCUGAGCAGUCA